AUGAAUUUCUCCGAGGUCUUCAAACUGUCCAGCCUACUUUGCAAGUUCUCCCCGGACGGGAAAUACCUGGCUUCGUGUGUCCAGUACCGUCUAGUGAUCCGAGAAGUGCGCACUCUGCAGAUCCUGCAGCUGUAUACAUGCCUGGACCAGAUCCAGCACAUGGAGUGGUCGUCAGACUCGCUCUUCAUCCUGUGCGCCAUGUACAAGCGAGGACUUGUGCAGGUCUGGUCUUUGGAACAGGCGGAUUGGCACUGCAAGAUAGACGAGGGCUCGGCAGGCCUGGUGGCGUCAUGCUGGAGCCCGGAUGGUCGCCACAUCCUCAACACAACUGAGUUCCACCUGCGGAUAACUGUCUGGUCCUUGUGUACAAAAUCUGUAUCUUACAUGAAAUAUCCUAAAGCUUGUCAGCAGGGAACCGCCUUCACCAGAGAUGGCCGCUACAUGGCGCUGGCCGAGAGGCGGGACUGCAAGGACUUCAUCAGCAUCUUUGUUUGCCGUGACUGGCAGCUCCUGAGGCACUUUGAGACCGACACCCAGGAUCUCGUUGGGAUCGAGUGGGCACCCAAUGGCUGUGUGCUGGCCGUGUGGGACACCUGUCUGGAGUACAAGGUCCUGCUCUACUCAUUGGAUGGCCGAUUGCUGUCAACCUACUGUGCGUACGAGUUGUCUCUGGGCAUCAAGUCUGUGGCCUGGAGCCCUAGCAGUCAGUUCCUAGCGGUUGGAAGCUAUGAUGGAAAGGUGCGCCUUCUGAAUCAUGUGACUUGGAAGAUGAUCACAGAAUUUGAGCAUUCUGCAACUAUCGACAAUCCCAAGAUUAUUGUCUAUAGGGAAGUUGAGAAGCGUCCAAAGCUGGGGCUAGAGGGCCUUCCCUUCCCACCGCCGAGAGCAGCAGCCAGGCCUCUCUCCUCCCCAGAGACAAAAUAUGAGAUCGCCUCCUUGCCAUUCUCCCUGCAGACCCUGAAACCCGUCACUGACAGGGCCAACCCCAAGAUCGGCGUUGGCACAAUGGCCUUCAGCCCUGACAACUUCUUUCUAGCAACAAAGAAUGACAACAUGCCCAAUGCCGUGUGGAUCUGGGACGUGCAGAAGCUCAGGCUGUUAGUGGUGCUGGAGCAGCUGGCCCCGGUACGCAGCUUCCAGUGGGAUCCACAACAGGCCCGCCUGGCCAUCUGCACGGGAGGCAACCAUAUCUACCUGUGGUCUCCUGCGGGCUGCAUGUCGGUGCAGGUGCCCAUGGAAGGUGACUUUCACGUGCUCUCCCUGUGUUGGCAUCUGAGCGGGAACUCCAUGGCCCUCCUCAGCAAAGAGCACUUUUGCUUGUGUUUCCUGGAGGGCACCUGCACUGCCUGA